GAAAAUAUAAAUAAAUAAAAUAAACAAACAUAUUAAGAAUACAGCUUAGUUUAUUGCUGAACAAGUAUAAGUAUAUGUUACAAGUGCAUAAAUAGUUUGUUGUUGUACAUAAAUUGUUUAUAAGCCCGUGUACUGGUGUACUGACGAAGUGCUCAGCGCGUGUGCUCCAGGUUGACAUUGACAUCAAUCACUUGUUCACAAAUUGCAACUAUUGCGUGAAGGAAACCUUCCGGAACUAAUACCGCGUGCAUUCGUCAUAUUUCAGCAUUGUGUAUUUCAAAUAUAGUUCACGUCUUCUUGGCAAAAUCAGAUGGUUGUGUGGACGCAUUGCUAGCGGGUCCAGAAUCGCCCCGGAGAUCGUCAAUUAAGCGGCCACGCGUUUGACGGCUUCCAAUUACCAAACCGCUCGGCCCAUCCGUAAUGCAACCAGCUGCACCUGCUUUAUCAACACAAGCCGAAAUUGCUAAAACAAUGCAGCCCCAUUCAGCACAAAAUAUGAUUGUGCCGGCCAACAAAAAGACCAAAAAGUAUGCUCCACAGGUGCAGCCCACAAAGCAGCCCCUGCCACAGACAACACAGCCACAGUUUCAGAUAAAUAAGACCUACAACGUGGUCUCCAUAUUGAAGACUUCAGCGCCGAGCGCCCAGCAACCGUCGCACCUGACACAUCAGCAGCAGUCGCAUCACCUGCAGCAACAGCAAAGCUAUGCCAAUGUGGUAAAUAGAUCGAUGGCGCCCUCCGGCUCACAACAAUCGACGGUCAUUUGUAGCGGUGGCAACAUCAUGACCGUCAAUAGCUGUCAAUUGAAUGCGGGUGACCUGAACUCCGCCUCCAUUUACAAUUUGACUGGCCACCGAAGUCUGCCGGGCGGCAGCAGCAGCGUUCUUGACUCGAAUGGCCGCUUUGUGGGCGGGGCGGAUAUGUGUAAUGGUGGGGCCAGCGCCAACAGUGUAGGAGCCAGUGGCACAGCAGCCGGCGGCAACAGCAGUGGCGGGAGCGGGAGCAGCAGCAUCAUAGCGCUCACCAACUCGCAUGGCGGCAAUGCGCUCGGUAUUACUCUGGGCACCCCGAGCGGUCCCUACAUGCACGACAAGGGUCUCGUUGGCGUCAGUUGUAUCGACAGUAGGAAGUACGACUUUAAGAAUAAUAACUUGCUAACAAACAGUAGCUUCCAAGCCGCACAAGAGUACGUGUCCGCAGGCAAUAACAGUUCCGGCAAUGCGCGUACAAAUCCACAGACUGGCGCUAUCUUCCGCGGCCCACCGCCAACGGUGAAUCAGCCACGGGGCGCUGGCGCCACAGCCCGUCACGUACACAUGCAAACAAUGUAUACGCAACCGAUGCACCAGAUGAUGCCUGGAUAUACACAGUUUCCGCCACGACAACCAACAUUUCCAGCGCCACAUAUUCAAUAUGCACCCGUACCGUAUUAUUCAUACCCAUACCUGCAAACGCUUCCGCAGCAGCCAUCGCACUCGCGCAGCGGCGUAGCCGUCAAUACCGUUAAUAGCGUAAAUGUAGGUAACACGCUGCCUGUGCAGACCGGCCCAAAUGGACCGCUGGCAGGUCCAGGCCCCUCAUCGUCACAGUUACAGAUGUUGACGGGUGCGGUUCAGCAAGGGGCGAAUACGGUUAUUGGAGUUGGAGCCACAGGAAGUGGUCAGGUUAGUGUUGCGCCCAUGGUCGGUGUGAUGCCCGCAAAUGUCGCUCCACCGCCGACGCAGUCGACGGGUAGACGCCGGCUCCAUCGUUUGCAGAUCAUAGAUCCAAACACAAAUAAAGAUAUUCUGGAUGACCUUGAUAAGAAUAACUCGAACGCCGAGAGUGACUUGCAGGAGCACUUAGUCCCUAUAGGUAUUGUACCUAAAGAGCUCAUUAACAUUGGUCUUGGAAUACCGGGCUCUGAUGAAAGAGCUAAUGUUCCAUAUAUAGAACAAAUUCCGGCUCAGCGCUCAGACAUAGUUGUGGGGCAGACCCCAGUAGUUUCAGCAAGAUCAGAUGCUCCAUCUGUAGAAAUAUUGCCUACACCCCAGAAGCCUAAGAGCAAAAAAAUUCCUAUAGUCUCCCCGAAGGAAGAGUCAGAGUCGUCCACAGUACAUACCACUUUGAAAGUGGAUGAUGCUUCUGCGGACACGCAAGCUGUCGUCACUAGAAGCCCCAACGAGACUAUACAACAGCAAAUACAGCCGGAUUGUGUUCCACAGCAACAGCAGCAGCCACAGAAGUUGCCGCGACAGCAACAACAGCAAUCUCCUCCACAAUCGACAGCAGUGCAAGAGGAAGCUUGUACUUCUUACCAAGCUAUCGAGUUGGCCAAGACUCCACUGAGAGCAGCAGGCGCAACCGCGGCACAAUUGCCUCAAGACGAGGCGAAAUCAACAAAACCAGUAACCAGAAUAGAGACAACAACAGGCGCAUCCUCUGUCGCCACCUCCAACGCAUCGAAGGCUCAGCAAAGCAUCGAUGCAGUCAAUGUGCUGGCUGAUAGCGUGGGGAUUAUGCACAUAACUGAAACCGACAUAAAGUACAUAGCGGCAACUGCAACAACAACAGCGGCAGCAGCAUCUGUAGCAACAACGGUAACGCCGUCUCUCUCAAGCGGCAAAGUGCCAGAGCCGUCUGCAGCAGAGGGUCAACAGCAGCAGCAACAAACUGUCUGUACAACGGACCACACUUCUUCCGACCAAGUUGAUAUUAGAGCUGGAGGAGAUUCGCGUUCCCAAAGCACAGAACCACAGCUAAGCUCACACGAAAGCACCCCUGAUGAGACUGAUCGUGCUGCCGUGGCACAGGCAGAGCCACAGAAUCCAAACCUGGAGGCGAUAACCAAGACAGCAAAGGCAUCAACAACAGCAACAUCAAUACCACCAUCAGCAGAAGCAGCAUCAGCCACAUCUGCAAUACCAGCAGCAACAUCAGCGACAUCGCUGCCAGCAGCGACAAUGGCAACUAAGGAAAAUGCUAAAGAAAAUGGCAGCAGUACAGUAUCGCCCGACACUGCCUCUGCUGCUUCCGAUCAGGCAGACCAGAGCUCAGAGCCAGAGGCGGCAGCCACGGCCACAGAUCAAGCAGUUCAGUCACUGAUAAGCUACAAUGAGGGUCAAUGGUCACCGAAUAAUCCGACAGGUAAAAAACAAUAUGAUCGGGAGCAAUUGCUGCAGCUGCGUGAGGCGAAGGCAUCCCGCAUCCAGCCCGAGGUUAACAAUACCUCAAUAUUGCCGCAACCCAAUCUGAUGCCAACGUUUGCCCGCAACGGAAAGGGGCGUGUCUCAUCAUCGAUGGUCGGCAUGAUUGGCGGUAAUCGCAGCAAUGAAUCUGCCGGCAAUUUCGGUGGCAAACAGCUUUCCAUGUCUGGAGUUCAAGGCCGUAACAGCAUGAGCAAGGGCAUGAUGAUACAUGUAAAUCUCUCGCUCAACCAGGAUGUUAAGCUUAAUGAAACCGAGAACGCGUGGCGUCCGCGCGUCUUGAAUAAAGGCGAGAGCGAGAGUCUCAGCGAUGCGAAAUUAACUCAGGAGAAGGACGAUUUGGUGCGUCGUGUGCGCGGUAUAUUGAAUAAGCUCACACCGGAGAAGUUCGAUACGCUAGUAGAGGAGAUAAUUAAAUUGAAAAUAGACACACCCGACAAGAUGGAUGAUGUAAUAGUGUUAGUGUUCGAGAAGGCCAUUGACGAGCCAAACUUUUCAGUGUCGUAUGCUAAGCUUUGCCAGCGCCUUAUUUUUGAAGUGAAGGCGCGUGAUGAGCGCAUGGAGAGCGGCACCAGAACGAAUUUGGCGCACUUCCGCAACGCUCUCCUCGAUAAGACGGAGCGCGAGUUCACACAAAACGUUUCCCAGAGCAAGGCCAAGGAGAAUAAACUGCAACCGAUGGUGGAUAAAAUUAAGAAAUGCACCGAUCCUAAUGAGAAGGCUGAACUUGAGGCACUAUUGGAGGAAGAGGAGCGCAAGAUACGUCGACGAUCCGGCGGCACAGUCCGUUUCAUUGGCGAGCUUUUCAAGAUUGGCAUGCUGACUGGGAAAAUUAUUUACUCAUGUAUUGAUACAUUGCUCAAUCCACACUCGGAGGACAUGUUGGAAUGCCUGUGUAAACUUCUCACCACAGUGGGUGCAAAAUUCGAACAGACGCCGGUGAAUCCAAAGGAACCGGGACGUUGCUACUCACUCGAAAAGUCAAUAGCUAGAAUGCAGGCGAUCGCAUCCAAAACAGACAAAGAUGGCGCUAAGGUUAGCUCCAGGGUGCGCUUCAUGCUCCAAGACGUGAUCGAUCUGCGCAAAAACAAGUGGCAAUCGACGCGCAAUGAGGCGCCCAAGACCAUGGGUCAAAUUGAGAAGGAAACUAAGAACGAGCAGCUAUCUGCACAGUACAUGAAUUACAGCGGAUCGAUGUCAACUUCUGGUCCCAAUGGACCGCAGGUCGGCUCUGGCAAAAGAGACGAUCGUGGAGGAGGUGGCGGCGGCGGUGGCGGCGGUCGCUAUGGCGACAAUCGUUCCGGCUAUGGUGGCAGCCACAGUCAACGUGGAGACUCAGGCAGCAUGCGUCAUCAGCAGCAGGGCGGUAACAGCGGCCACUCAAAUGGAAACAAUGACGACAACAUCUGGCACGUACAGACAAGCAAAGGCAGCCGUUCGCAAGCUGUUGAUACCAACAAGUUGGAGGGACUGUCUUUGCAGCUCAACCAAAACUUUGAUACUAAGAAAAUGGGUGGCGUUAACCAGUUUAUUUGGAACAACAAUGCGAGAGUGGCCCAGCCAACAAACAACUCCUUUGCGGUGCUAUCCUCGUUGAUUGAUAAAAGCAGUACGGACAGGGAUCGGGAUCGCAAUGAUCGCGAUCGAAAUGAUCGUGAUCGCAGUGGGCCCAAAAACAAGGGCUCAUACAACAAGGGUUCUAUGGAGCGUGAUCGCUAUGGUGAUCGUGACCGUGGCAUCAACUCAAGAACCGGGUCGUCUCAGGGUUCAAGAGAGAACUCUUCCUCACGCGGCAGCCAACAGGGUCGCGGAAUGAUGAAUACUUCACUUCAGAAAUCUGCUAGUCACUCAAAAUAUGGGACACAGUUUCCACCUGCCGCCAGACUUGCCGCAAAGAGUUCAGUAUCUAAUCCAGCAGCGGGCGGUUUGUACCGUCUUGACCAUCAGUCGAGCUCCUCACAGUCUGUACAAAAUAAUUCGAAAGCAAGUCCGCCGCCAGCAGUUUUUACUGAGUUGAGCGAUAACGAGUUGAAAAUCAUCAAGUCUGUGUUAUCUGAGAUGAUGGAACUUGCGGCAGCUUCAAAAACGGUCACACCCUCGACUGUAACAUGCAUAGAACGGAUACCGGAGGCACAUCGCUGCGGUUUCUUGUACUACAUACUAACCGAUUAUUUGCAUUUAGCGAAUGUGGGGAAACAGUACAGGCGAUAUCUAGCCAUAACCGUUGCCCACCUCAUCCACCAGAACUACAUGUCUUUAGAUCAUUUUAGACUGGCAUAUAAGGAAUUUAGUGAGAUCGUGAAUGAUUUAAUUGUAGAUAUUCCAGAACUGUGGUUGUAUGUUCUGCAAUUUGCCGGUCCAUUGAUUGUAAAGAAAAUUUUGACAGUGGCGGAUUUGUGGAAUAAGCAGCUGAAAGACAGUAGUCCACCCUACAUGGGCAAAAAGUUCCUUAAAACCUAUUUGACUUAUUGCACACGGGAAGUGGGACCGAACUUUACGCGCAGCAUGUGGAAGAGAUUCAAUUUACAUUGGAGUGAUUUCAUGCCCGAUAACGAAGUCAACGAUUUUAUUGCUACCAAUAACUUAGAGUAUGUGGAGAAUGAAUCGAAGUGGCCACUGAUUGAAGUACGCGAGUCACACGAGAAGCACGUUAAAAAUGUGAUAGAAAAUGUUGAGCAUUUGCUGAAGGAAGGAGCGACGGCGGACUGUAUAAUUGAUUAUUGUAAUGGUAAUAUUGUGUCGGCCGAUAAACUUUUUAUACGCAGUUUGACCCACACUUUGAGCAACUUUGCGAUUUUGUUCAAGGAGAACACAUAUAAAUUAGAAACAGAGAACUUUCAAAAAUUCUGCAUACCCGUUUUCCAACGCUUUAUCGAUUUAGAUGAGGAACAUCAGCUAGAAUGCCUAUAUUCCAUGCAGUUGCUGGUGCAUAGUUUAGAACACCCCCGAGGUUUGUUAAGUGAGUUGUUUGGUGAACUUUACGAUGGAGAUGUUAUACAGAAGGAGUCGCUCUGCAAAUGGCGUGAUUCCAAGGAUCAGUCAGCAGGCAAGGGUGUGGCCGUCAAAAGCCUUAAUCCUUUCUUCAACUCAUUAUUCAGUGACGAGACCCACUAAAGCAGCAAACAGCUGCCAUAGGGAGAUAGGGAUACACAACACGACCCCAAAUUUUGGAGUAACGUAAUUAGUAAGAAGUAUGCAGAGAGCGAGGUGUAUGAAGCAGAGAAUGUAUAUUCUACUACAAUAUAUAAACCAUUUCAUUGUUACGGACUUAUCUCGAUCGAUAUUGCGGUCCCGCACUCUAUGCAAUAAUAAACAAGUGUAUAACUAACUGUGCAUGCACGUGUAAAAUAAAAGAAAACCUGGAGGAAAA